CGACAAAAGGAAUGUAAUCAGAAUAAACAAAACUAGUGUUUUCUCUACUCCUAAUCUUUAUUGAACUACAUGAACAUCUGGUUUGAAAUCUAAGAAAUCAAAGCAUUGCAUCUCAGUAUCACUUAGCACCUCCUCUGUAAUGGCCGCAAAGCGGGACAAGAGAGGCUUAUCUCAAUAUCGCAAUGAAUACCUGGCGGCAAUUGCAGCUACGUUUUCUUUGUUGGCGACCGUUGCGGCAGCAGGUUGGUCAUCUCCAGCGAUUCCAGCCCUGAAGCAGGAUGAUUCUCCUGUUCCAAUAACCGCAAAUCAAGGAUCGUGGAUCGUGUCGAUCCUUUCGAUAGGGUCGCUAUUUGGUCCAAUAAUCACAGGACUAGCAGUUGAUCGAUAUGGACCGAAGCGGACCCUUCUACUUUCGGUGAUACCGCUUGCAAUCGGAUGGGUUAUAAUAGUGUUUGCUAGUAAUGUUCACAUAAUCUACGCGGCUCGAUUCCUGCAUGGAAUCUCGUAUGGAACUGCGUACUCUGUCACACCUAUUUAUUUAGGUGAAAUUUCUUCUAACGCUAUCCGUGGUUCAACUGGGGUACUUAUAACUGUAAUGGCCAAAUUCGCAUUUUUAUUGGAAUAUAGCAUUGGACCUUACGUGGAUUUCCGAUCACUCGCAUGGAUUUCGCUCACAUUCCCAGUCAUAUUCUUCAUUUUAUUCUUUUGGAUGCCGGAAUCGCCAUACUAUCUAUUGGCUCACAAUCGUGAUAAAGAAGCACUGAGCACCCUUCGCUGGUUACGUCGCUCUGAUGAAUCUUCAGAACAAAUAGAAAAGGAAUUCACGCAAAUGAAGGCCCUUGUGCAGAAAACUCAACAUGAUGAAAGUUCGCUGAAUAAUCUUUUUGCGAGAAGCAACCGAAAGAGUUUGGGAAUCAUUCUUUUACUAUCCUGUGGAAUGCAGCUCACUGGUAUAAAUGCUAUCUUAGGAUACGCACAGACAAUUUUUUCCAAAUUGGAGAUGGAACUGAAUGCAGCAGAGCUCUCAAUCAUUCUGGCCUCGGUCCAGCUAAUAGCAGUUUUCAUUCCAACGUUCUUCGUUGACAGAGCUGGACGACGACCGCUGUUACUCCUAUCUACCGGUGGAUCUUUAUUUGCACUGAUUGCGUGUAGUGUCUACUUCACUUUUGACGCCUUCGAUUAUCCAACGGAAACCCUCAGUUGGGUUCCAUUCGUUAGCACUCUGGGAUUCAUUGUAUCUUUCGCGCUUGGCUUGGCGACAGUGCCAUUCGCCAUUCUAAGCGAAAUAUUCCCCAAGAGUAUCAAAGCGAAUGCAAAUGCGGUAUUUGCCAUGGUUACAUCUUUGGUAGUUUUCGUGGUCGUGAAAUUGUUCCAGGUCAUUUCGGAUAGUGCAGGAACGUAUGUUUCAUUUUGGAUCUUCAGCGGUUGCACCGCUUGUACCGGUGUGUUGAUACAUUUUUUCAUACCGGAAACAAGAGGGAAAUCAUUCGAGGAAAUUCAGGAGAUUAUGACGGUUGAGUCUUCAUCGAAAGAGAAAACUAAAUGCCUGCCGUUGCUGUGUUAGGUAUAAUACUAUAAAUUAUGUUUAUAAAAUGAACAGUGCCAUGUUCACAACCUGACUACCAACUAUUCUGGUCGUUAAUUGUACAAAAGUAAAAGUGAAUGAAAUAAACUGUCACCUUAUUGUAAGUAAUUGACAA